AUUUGUCCUUCUAUGUCCUGUCUUCUCUUUUUUUUGUGAUUUUGGCAGUUGACACAUCAAGUAAUUUGAGUCGCACCUUUUCUUCUUUAGCCAAUUGACUUGCUAUUGUUACCGCCGCCAGCGGACCAUCACCAGCGUCGAGUAUCUCUCAAAGCUCCCUUUCACCCAAUGAAUGAAGCCCAAGUUGGAAAUGAUAAGCGCUGUCGGAAUAGGAGCAGCCUUCUUAGGGGCCGUUGUUUACAAACUCUACAGGAAGUCCAAAGAGGAGAAAAAUUUCAGGAAAUUGGUUAAGGGUUGGAAAGCGUGCGGUGUAGUGAGUCAACUGCACAUUUUCCCCCUUAAAUCAGGUCAUGGCAUUCCUGUAGAAGAGGCAUAUGCACAAAAAAUUGGCCUUGUCAAUGGAGAACUUCAAGACAGGUCUUUUAUGGCAUACAAUGAGAACAACAACUUUUUGUUUGGUCGAAUUCACCCCAAAAUGGUUCUAAUCAAAAUAUCUGUUUCUGGCAACAAAGUAGAAUUUACAGCACCCAACUGUGAGUCAAUUACUUUUCCAAUUCCAUCUCAAUCUGAAACAGAGAAACAAAUCAAAGUGAGAAUAUUUGGAGAGGAAGUAGCUGCUUUUGAUUGUGGUGAUCAAGUAGCUCAGUGGCUUUCACAAUAUAUUUUCCAAAAAGAUUCUGGUGCUAGACUGGCCCACUUGUCCUAUCCUAAAGUAUCUCCUCGCGUGUUGAAAUCCAAGCCGGGCCAGAACUGGUUGAAGCCGACUGACGCGGGAUUGUUCUCUAACGCUACCCCAUUUCACUUGCUAUCGGUGGAGUCGGCCAAUGAUUUGAAUUCUCGAGUGGAUGGCGUAGAAAUUUCGACUUUAAAUUUUCGUCCAACCAUUACCGUCAGUGGAUGUCAGCGUCCCUACGAGGAAGACGAUUGGAGAUUUGUCCGUAUCGGCGAAGCUGUCUUCCGCUACGUCAAGGGAACCGAGCGAUGUAUAUUACCUACAAUUGAUCCAGCGACUGGAAUAAAAGACCCUAACCAGGAACCUUUACGAACUCUUCGAAAAUACCGUCUUGCAGAGGAUCCGGUGUUGCGUAAAGCCAUGGGCGAGUCUCCUCUCAUGGGAAUCAGUUUAGCUCUGGAACAAGCCGGAAGGAUCCGUAUAGGUGAUGUUGUCUACGUCGGCCAACUGUAAAUUACUGUGUCAUCCAAAGAGAUUGCACAGUUUCUUGGAUUGAUUAUAUUUUUUUAUUAUUAUUUUAGUUGAAACUGGCCUAAAGUUAUUUGUUCCAAUUCCAUUUUUUUGCUACGGAUUUUUAUUUAAAUUUUAUUAUGGAAUUUCGGUUGAAUUUCCAUUAGUUAAGAAUAAAUCACGAAAAAAUGAA